UAUAUAACAUUGCUAGAAUAUAUUAUCAGACCUUCAAAUGACCUUUCGUUCGUGUCCUCUACUCGGUUAACAAAUUUGACAGUCGUAUUCGGUGCAGGUCUGGCUAUACAGUAGCUCCCUAUUCUUAUAAGAAAUAUUUUUUUAAAUCAACAAUGAGCACCUACUUCCAAUACCCCACCCCCGAGGUUCAGGAGGAGCUGAGGAAGAUCGCACAGGCGAUCGUCGCCCCCGGCAAGGGUAUCCUCGCCGCUGACGAGUCCACUGGUACUAUGGGCAAGCGUCUGCAGGACAUCGGUGUAGAGAAUACUGAGGAGAACCGCCGCAAGUACCGCCAGCUCCUCUUCAGCAGUGACCCGGCGCUAUCGGAGAACAUCUCCGGCGUGAUUCUGUUCCACGAGACGCUGUACCAGAAGGCUGAUGACGGAACGCCCCUGGUGUCCUUGUUGGAGAAGCGAGGCAUCAUCCCCGGGAUCAAGGUCGACAAGGGUGUGGUGCCACUGUUCGGUUCAGAGGACGAGUGCACUACACAGGGUUUGGAUGAUCUCGCCCAGCGCUGUGCUCAAUACAAGAAGGAUGGCUGUCACUUCGCCAAGUGGCGUUGCGUCCUUAAGAUCGGCCGAUUCACCCCAUCCUAUCAGGCCAUUAUGGAGAACGCUAACGUAUUAGCUCGUUAUGCUUCCAUCUGCCAGAGCCAGCGCAUCGUACCAAUCGUUGAACCCGAAGUACUCCCUGAUGGUGAGCACGACCUUGACCGCGCUCAGAAGGUGACUGAGGUGGUGCUGGCGGCCGUGUACAAGGCGCUCAGCGACCACCACGUGUACCUUGAAGGAACUCUACUGAAACCAAACAUGGUGACAGCUGGUCAGUCCUGCAAGAAGACUUACACUCCAAUGGACAUCGGCCGCGCCACCGUUACAGCUCUGUUGAGAACCGUACCAGCUGCAGUUCCCGGAGUGACUUUCCUUUCCGGCGGUCAGUCUGAGGAGGAGGCGUCUGUCAAUCUGAACGCCAUCAACACUGUGGACCUGAAGCGGCCUUGGGCCUUGACCUUCAGCUACGGCCGGGCCCUUCAGGCCUCUGUACUGCGCGCUUGGGCCGGCAAGAACGAGAACCUACUCGCCGGACAGCAGGAACUCCUGAAACGUGCUAAGGCAAACGGUCAAGCCAGCCAGGGCAAAUACGUCGCUGGAUCCGUAACAGGUGUGGGCGCUGAGGCCGGUCUCUUUGUAGCUAACCACGCGUAUUAAAAAACGCAAAAAAAAAAAACAAAAAACGCAUAAAACAUAUAUGUAUCAAGUAAUUUCAGUAGCUGUUAGCUAAAUUCUUUGAUUUACUAUUAGUGGAUUUUAAUGAUAAUUUGAAUUUUCAUUCUCUGCUAGUUAGCUCUUGCGUUGACAGAUCGUCUAGAUUGUCGUAAUUUUGUAGUUAACUAAAAAUUUUUGGUAGCGUCUUUUUACAAAUUAUAUACACUGUGGUCGUUUUUUCUAUUCUUGUAAUUUUUAUUAUAAAAUGACUAUAGACAAACCAGUAAAUGAACACGUUUAAUAUAAAUAAGAUUAACUAUUUUAUAUUUUAAUAAAUGUAUCAAAGUUUUUUGAAAUUGAAAUUAUAUAUAAUUUAUUUAAUGAUUUUAUUUUAGUCUUAAAUUGUAUUUUGGUAUUUUAAGAUUAAACAUUAUGUAACCGACGAA